CCAUGCCGUCGUUCCCCCGGGGCGCGCACUGAGCGCGGCUGCGGCGCCCGGCCGGGAGGCGGGGCCGCGGGGCGGGGCCGCGGGAGCGGCGGCACCGGGGGCAGCGCCGGGGGUAGCGCCGGAGGCAGAGCCGGUGCCGCGGGUGGCGGCGGUGCGGGACCGAGGCGGGCGGCGGCGGCCGCAGGAGGAGGAGGAGGAGCAGCGGGAGCGAGAGCGGGAGGAGCAGCAGCAGCGGCGGGGGCUCCCCCUGCAGCCCGGCCGGGUUCCUGUUCUACAUCCACCCCAAUGGUAUCAGAAUGUCUUCUGGACUUCUUGGUGAUAAAAAGCAUUAGAAAACAAGACUAGCAUCUGUCAAAUGGGGUUCCCUCUCCAUUUCUCUCUGCGCACCUUUCCUUUCAGGGGAAAAGAAGCGAAGAAUAGUAUGAAAAGUGCAAAAUGUUUCAAAUUCCUGUUCAAAACCUUGAAAAUAUAAGGAAGGCUCGAAAAAAGGUGAAGGACAUUCUUGUGGAUCUUGGGCAUGACAGCUGCAGGGAAUUGUUGAAGAAUCUCAAAAGUUUUGAUGCAGGUGAAAACUACUUUUGUAACACUUCAUGGAGUGAUGUCUCUCCUUGGGAGCCUGUGGGCAAAAGGAAGAGAUACAGAACAAAGCCGUACUGCUGUACCUUAUGCAAGUUCUCAUCCAAAUUGCUUUCUUCUUUCAAGAAUCACUUGCAUCGUUACCAUGAGGAUGAAGUGGACCAAGAGAUGGUGGUUUCUUGCCCAAAAUGUCCAUUUUCUUCUCAUCCCAAAGUAGUGGGAGAACACAUCUGGAUGUUUCAUUCAUCUAAUAAACAAAUACAGAACUAUACAGUCAGCAUUUUGGAUGGCAUGAAACAAUUUAAGAGUGACACCAUAAACUUCACGUGUCUAAAAUGUCAAUUCACGGACACCUUGUAUUACAAUAUGAAGAAACAUGUGCUGAUGAACCAUUUUAAAAACUUACUAAGUGUAUAUUUCGGUGAAAAAAUUAAUGAAAAUACACCAAGUUCAGUUGAAUUCUACUGUAAAAAAUGUCAUGCUCCUGCAAACAGCCCAGAUUCUUUGAUGUUCCAUGUCUUGACAGCUGAAACACACAGAGGCCUGGAGAACAAACUUCGAUCUCUGAUUUCAGAACACAUUAAGAAACCUGGAUUUGUGAAACAAGUGUAUAUUGCUCCAAGGCCUGUCCCUGGUGUAGCAGCAGCUGCUCCAUCUGCAGGGCCUGCUGCUGUCCCAACAGGUUCUGUGACAGCUCCAGCUUGCAUCAAGGUUGCAUUUGCACAGAAUAAUCAAAAUCAUAGCAUGAUGCAGACACUAGCAGUUCAGAACACAGUCAGACCAGUGACUGUCCCAAGUGCCUCUGGCAGCCUCCCACAAACUACCUGUGCUCCUGCCCCUACGUCCUCGCACGUCGCUCUUGUGCCCAGCAAUCCUCCCGUGGCUCAGCUCAAUCUUGGUAUUCAGCCGUCACCUUCCCAGCCCAUCAUUGUUUCUCAUGGGCUCCCUCUUAACCCUUCUGUCGGGACCAUAAAUAAUACUGUGACCCCUGCGGUUCUUCCUCUUGAUCAGCCUGUCAGACCUGGGCUCUUGCCUGUUAAUCAACCUGUUGGUACUAUAAACAGUGCAGUUCCAGCUGGAGCCCUCCCUGCUACCCAGCCUGUCACGCCUGUGAAUCAACCAGUUGCACCAGGAGUCCUCCCUGUGAAUCAGCCAGUUACUCCAUCAAUUCUGUCUGUCAGCCAGUCACUUGGGAACAUGAGCAGACCCAUCGAUCCCAGGGUCCUUCCUGUGACACAGACAGUUGGGUCUGGUCUUCUCCAGCUUAACCAGCCUGUUGCCCCUGGGGUGGUUCCUGUCAGACAGCCUGUUGGACCUGGGUUCCUUCAGCUUAAUCAACCUGUUGCCUCAUCAGUUAUCCCAGUAAAUCAGCCAGUUCAGCCUCCGGUUUCUCAAAGUGCAGCAUUUUUGACUGCAGGCUCUCUGCUGAGGCAGUUGAUUCCCACUGGCAAGCAGGUUAAUGGGAUACCUACUUUCACGCUGGCCCCUCUCUCAGUGACUUUGCCUGGUGGUGGAGUAGCAACUGUGACACCUCCACAGGUGCCCAUCCAGCUCAUGCAGUCGGGGUCAGUGGCUCAGCUCUCCCAGUCGCCAGCCAAUGCUCCCUCUCCUCCCCUGGUUCUGACCUCUGAGAAUGUAUCCUUACAGGCCUCCCCACCUACUCCUGAAACAAGCCAGGCUGUCAGACAGGCCAAGCAGUGGAAGACCUGCCCUGUUUGUAAUGAGCUUUUCCCAUCAAAUGUCUAUGAGGUGCACAUGGAGGUGGCCCACAAACAACAUGAAGUAAAAGUAGAAACGCCAGAACCUCACAAACUUGCAGCUUGCGCAUCCUUUCUGAGGAUGACAGAAAAGGCAAUCUGGUGUUACGCUUGUAAAUGUUUUCUCUGUGAGGAAGAGCUCAUGAAGCAUAUCUUCAUGCAUGGCUUAUCUUGCUUGUUUUGCACAGGUACUUUCUAUGACUUAAAAAGCCUCGUGGAGCACAACAAAACAGCACACAAUGGGAAAAGGCAGUUGCAUGCAAGUUACAGCAACAGAGGAGUUCAGCUGUGUGGCGAUGCGCAGGGUGGCUUUGUGUUUCCACACUUUGAUUUCAAUACAGUGCUACCAGAUGAAGACAUGGGUGAAAGAGAAGUACAUUUGGCAGUGCUUGUUGGAAUAUAUUCAACACUUCUUGUCCCUGUUUACAUCAAAGUGAAACCUCAGACAGCACAAGUGAACAGGAGAUGCACCAGAAAAAUGUUCACCUGUCCUUUUUGCUUAGGUACAUUUGCUGGUAGAGAAACCUAUGAAAAGCAUUUGAAAGAGAGGCAUCAUAUAAUGCCAACUGUGCAUACGAUUUUAAAGUCUCCUGCUUUCAAGUGCAUCCACUGUUGUGGUGUGUACACUGGAAAUAUGACUCUGACAGCUAUUGCUAUACAUUUGCUCCGUUGUAGAAGUGCUCCCAAAGACACCAACUCGAGCCUGAAGAUGCAUCUUGAGCGCACUGAGAGGAAAGAACUGCUGUUUGUGAAUGGUGAGAAGCAUCUUUCUGUGGUACUGAAAAGAAAGCAGUCGGAUUCCUGUGUUGUUUCAGAAGACCAAAGGAAUAAGGAACAGCAGCCUCUGAGCUUAAGUACUGGCAUAGCUCUGCCUCCAGACACCGAAGUGAAUUCAGGGGUAGUGCCUUUCAAACGACAAAAGAUUAGGAUGGAGAUGAGGAAGCUUCCUUCUAUUGAGGAUCUCCACUUCCUAGCAGUAGAUCCUGAUCAGUAUGAUCACAAUUCAUAUGAGUCACAGAAACAGUUUUUGUCAGACUACUUUCACAAGAGGCCAUAUCCUUCUAAAAAAGAGGUGGAAUUACUUUCCUUGCUGCUAUAUGCGUGGAAAAUUGAUGUUGCAUCAUUCUUUGGAAAAAUGAGGAAUAGGUGCUUAAAGGCGAUAAAAUAUCAUAAACCAUCUGUGCUGAUGGGUUUCAGUAUGUCUGAACUGAAAAACAUUAAGCACAGUUUAAGUUUAAAAGAUGGACCAUUGGAUAUGUAAUGCAGCUUUUUAAUCCAUAAUUGCAUACUUACAAUUUAGCAUUUUAUUAUAUUAUUUGUUUUAACUUGCAGACUGGCCUGUUGAAGGGUGCAGUAAUACAAAGAGUAUCAUUCACUUGUGACUGUUAUUGUGAAAGGCACACAUAGUUGUGUAUUUCAAAAGCUAAAAUCUUCAGACUUAAACAUCUGGAAUUUGUUUUAGCUUUUUUUACCUUCCCUGUGAGUAGUGUUGAGCUUUUUUUGGGGGGGAGGGGGUUGUUUGGUUUUGAGUUUUAUUUUGUUUUGUUCCACUUUCAGUUCUUUUUCUUCCUCUCCAGGCUCCCAUUACAUUUUUUAUAUCACAAUGUAAAACCCUUGUCCUUGUUAAAACCAAUUUUUAUUUUAUUUUUCUGUAGUGUCAUCUUUUCUAAGUAAUCAAAUGUGUAAUGUUCGUUAAAAAUAACAAGGUGAACUAUGUAAAAAUAUGGAUUUGUUUAUUUGUAUUUUUUAAGUCGUGAUAUUUUGGACCUGUUUCUGGUUUAUCUACUGAAGAAGUGAUUGCAGCCAUUACAUCCAUUGCCCCUUCAAAUUCCCAGCGCACUGGUAGCAGUGAAAUACAUGGCAUUGUGGUUUUUUCCUCAGUCAGAAUACCUACUAAGCCAGUUAAGUCUGGUUAUCUGUAGUUCCUGCUGAGUAUUAACAUGGUGAGGACUGGGGGGCUUUUGGGUGCCCAUUGAAGUGUUACAGUGAACUGAGUUGAAAUGGUUGUGUUAUCUGUUAAAUAUAUCUAGCUAACCAGAAGUGUUUAUCCUUUUCAUUUGGUGUUGAAGCCUGGUUGUUUACCUGUUGUUCAAAGCUUGUCAGCAGCAUUUAUUCAGUUUCCUUUUUCAAAAAGCAAAGCUGCUUUGGAAAGUGUCAAAUUGGUUUGUUACAUGGAGUAUAUGACCUCUGUGCACAUCGUUUAUGUGCAGAAGAUCUGUCCAAAUAUCACCCAAAUGUGGUGAAAAAUCUGAUGCUUUAAAUUGCUGUAUCGUGAGGUAGUAACUGAGCAGAGCCUA